GAGUAUCACGAUGCUAGUCACGGUCACGAUCAUAUUACUUAGGUGCCGAGUUACAAGCCGGAUUCCGAAACCACCUUUGUAUUUAUCUACCACAUACCCUUUGAAAGUAUCGUCCAUCCGUCCAUGUCUUAUACUGACCUCAGGCUCGACAGCUUCUGCGUAGAUGGCACGUAUCAAGUACUCGAUGUCAUUGGCGAAGGCGCAUAUGGUAUCGUCUGCUCAGCCAUUCAUAUACCCUCUCAACGAAAAGUAGCCAUCAAACGCAUCACUCCUUUCGAUCAUGCCAUGUUUUGUCUCCGUACUCUCCGCGAAAUCAAACUCCUCCGGCACUUUUGUCACGAAAACAUCAUCUCCAUCCUUGACAUACUCCAACCACCUUCUUUCGAAACGUUCAAGGAGGUAUACCUUGUCCAGGAAUUGAUGGAGACAGAUCUGCAUCGCGUCAUCAGGACCCAGAAACUCAGCGAUGAUCAUUGCCAGUACUUCAUAUACCAGACGCUCCGCGCUCUGAAAGCACUACACUCGGCAGAUGUGCUUCAUCGAGAUUUGAAACCUUCCAAUCUUCUCCUCAACGCGAACUGCGAUCUCAAGCUCUGUGACUUUGGCCUCGCGCGAUCAGCACAACCGCCACCAAACGUAGCAAACGAUAGUAGCACGUUCAUGACAGAGUAUGUUGCGACAAGAUGGUAUAGAGCUCCUGAAGUAAUGCUGACUUUCAAGGAGUAUACUCGUGCCAUCGACAUGUGGAGCGUUGGCUGUGUGCUGGCGGAAAUGUUGAGCGGGAAACCAUUAUUUCCUGGCCGUGAUUACCACGACCAACUUUCACUCAUUCUUGAUGUUCUCGGGACACCAUCCAUUGACGACUUUUAUGCGAUCUCGUCGCCAAGGUCUCGCGAAUACAUUCGUGCGUUACCAUUCCGGAAGGGAAGGGACUUGGGUUCCAUGUUCGCUGGUGCGAAUCCAUUGGCAAUUGACUUCUUGGAAAAGUGCCUGACGUUCAGCCCGCGGCGACGUAUUACCGUGGUUGAAGCCCUACAACAUCCCUAUUUUGAGCCAUACCACGACCCGGACGACGAACCUGUGGCAAACCCAAUCGAUCCAUCUUUUUUCGACUUCGAAAAUGGUGACGAGCCACUAGAGAAGGAAGAACUCAAGGCGCUUAUAUAUAAGGAGAUUACCACCCCGCGACCUUAACGUCUGCACCUGUCGAUGAGUGAGACGAACAACAUCAGGAAGCGAAAAAAUGGUUUAAACCUGUUUAAACCUGUCACUGACUGGUCGUGACCGCGAUUCUGUCAUUCCCCGUUUCUCUGAUGAAUGUGAUGGUUGACUCCAAGCUUUGCAU